GCAGUAGUUAGAGAAGGCGCGUCCACGAAGGAAUAAGCUGCGGGAGAAGUAGCUAGUGGCUGAGAGAAGCGAUCAUCGCAGUGAAGAUGGCGAGAGGAAUGCGGGGACUAAGGAGAGCCGUACUAGAAUGUAUAAAAAAGUUACCCGUCACAGCCAGCCGAGAAACACCUAAAAGGAUUGGCGUAAGAUAUCUCUCCUCAUGUGGGAUCCUGAUGAUGAGGGUGCCACCCCUCCUGGGGGCCAUGCCCAGGUCCACAGUCAUCGUGGCCCCCACCCGCUCCUUCUUCAACCUGGCUGACACCUUCAACAAGAGGAAGGAGUACUCUGAGAGACGCGUCAUGGGGUACUCUAUGUUGGAGAUGUAUGAAGUGGUAGCUGGGGUGGAGAACUACCUUCACUUCGUUCCCUGGUGUAAGAAGUCUGACGUGGUGUUCCGGCGCUCGGGGUUCUGUAAGGCCAAGCUGACAGUUGGCUUCCCCCCGGUAGUGGAAAACUACACCUCGCUGGUCACCACAGUGCGCCCCCACCUGGUCAAGGCAGCCUGUUCAGACGGUAAGCUCUUCAACCACCUGGAGACGGUGUGGCGCUUCAGCCCUGGCCUCCCUGGCUACCCUCGUACCUGCACGGUUGACUUCUCUAUCUCCUUUGAGUUCCGCUCCCUGCUGCAUUCCCAGCUGGCCACGGUGUUCUUUGACGAGGUGGUGAAGCAGAACGUGUCGGCGUUUGAGAGGCGGGCCGGGAAACUGUACGGAGCACAGACCAUGAUCCCCAGAGAGCUCAUGUUUCAUGAGGUGCACCACACGUAGCGUGCCCCAACGGUUCAUCCUCUCUCUGCGCACACACACACACGGCGGGAAGGGGGGGAGAGGUUAAAUGCCUGAACACUGCAGUGCCUUAUCAGAAAACAACCAAUGAUUUUAUACCCAUUAACUGCUUGUGGCUAGAUUCUGUCCCCCUCCCUGCCCCCCCAAAAGACCCUCCCCCCUGUACCACCAUAGACCCCUACUGGUGCCCUCUCACCCCAAAGAAACCAUCAGCACCUCUGGCCAGUAGGCACAUCUCAGAGCUUAGUGCUUUCCCCAUGCGGUGAGCACAGGGCUCAUAAUAGCCCUCUUGUGGAGAUAUAAAAACUCUUCUACUAAGGCCUAAAUAAAGUCUGUUUAUAGUGAAAGGCUGUAUCAAAGGAUCGGCUUGUACAUUUUUGAAUGAAGUGUGAGCACUUGAAGAUCGACGUUUCCUAAAGGAAUGUCACAACACUGCCGAGCAGAUGUAUACACACGGCCGUGCCUACCUACACAUACCUGUUCAAGAGGUGCUGUGUUGCAACAAUGUUACCGGGGACAUUUCUGCUGCAUCCCAUAUAGCACAUUGUUCUCUAAUGACCAUGGGAGGCAUGUUGUUCAGUUAUGGCACUUGUGCAAUAUGUGUUUAGUUUUCUAAAUGCAGCUACUUUUUCCCUAGAGAUAUCCACUGUUUAAAAGGGCCCAGACUGGCUAGGCAGGGUACAGUGUCAUCCAAACUGUGUGUCAAAUGGCACCCUAUUUCCUAUACAAUAUACCCAUAGGGCUCUGGUCAAAAGUAGUUUACUAUAUGCACUACGUUUGACCAAAAGUAGUGCACUAUAAAGGGAAUAAGUUAACAUGUUGGUUUCUUGUCUGCCAGUCAGAAUACUGUCAGUGAGGUAUCUUACCAUAGAACCUUUUAAAGAUGUCACUCUUAUGUACACCCAGUGACCUUUGACCUGAUCCUAGUGGAAUCAUAUUUAUAUUUUAUAACUUUAAGCAUUCUACUCCUAUAAAGAUAUUUAAGAUAAGAACAUGUACAUAUUGUUUUAAAGACCACAGAUAAGAGUGCUGGCUGAACUAUAAUUGUUGUUUUAUAGUGCAAACGGAGGUGUUUCAAUGAGCGAAUAUGUAUAAACUAUUUUUAUAUUAAAGUGGUGUGUGUGUGUAGUUCUAGUUGCACUGUUAAUGUAGACUCCAGAACAUUUAAUGGGAAGUCUGUUUCGGUGUUGUGCCUUCCUCGGGUUUAGAGUUGUCAACAUCUGAUUGGUUGACUAUAGACGAGGGAAUCAUGUGAGAGGUAAGAAUAGAACUGACAGUAAGUUAUGACUCCUGCUGGACAAAUACAGAACCACAUGCACAAGAGGAAACAAUUUUUCAAGGACAGAAAUGCUGUAACCAAAUACCAUACCAACAGGUUACCUUGCCAGAGACAUGAGCUAAGAUACUAAUACUACAUAUUUAACCAGGAGAGCUCAAUGUAGACUUGGGCUCUCCAACCUUGUUCCUAGAGAUAUUCACUCCAAACACAAUUCUAAAUGACCCGAUUCAGGUUACCAACUAGCUAAUUCUUGAAAUCAGGUGUGCUAGAUUACGGUUGGAGUGAACCUACAGGACAGUAGUAGUCCAGGAACAGGGUGGGUGAGCCCUAACAAACGAUCACCAAAUUGA